GCGGCGGCGGCGGCAGCGUUGGAUCGGCUCGUUGUUGCGGUCGGAUCGGGAGUUUUUCUUUUCCUCGGUGCGCUCUGCUCUUGUGCGCUCCUGGACGCGGAGGAAUUGGGGAGCAUGACCAUGGGGUCAUCAUCACCACCACCACCACCACCAUCAUCCUCAACUGCAUCAGCACCACCACACUCUACUUUGUUCUCGACAGCGCCGGAUCACGAGGAGAGCGCGCUGAAAUAAAGCUCUUGGCGGUGGGCUUUUGUCGUCGAUUUCCAUUCCGGGAAACUUUUUUUUUUUUCUUUUUACCCUCAAUUAUUUACCACAAAGCGUGCGGAAUGGAGAUCCCAACUUUCCUUCUGCCGAGUCUUGGGCUGCUCUUCAUUGGAGGGGAUAUUUUCACCUGGGCCAUGCUGAGUGACAUUGGGGACUAUGUAGGUAAAGAUAUUCAAAUAUCCUGGUUACCUAACCUGGAUGAGUUAAUGAAGGGCUAUGCCAGAAAUUUUCGCCCUGGGAUAGGAGGUCCACCAGUGAACGUGUCCAUGGCCAUUGAGGUGGCCAGCAUUGACCACAUCUCCGAAGCCAACAUGGAUUACACCAUGACCGUGUACCUGCGGCAGAGCUGGCACGAUGACCGCCUGUCCUUCAAUCACACUAACAAGACGCUGGGGUUGGACAGUCGAUUCGUGGACAAGCUGUGGGUGCCCGACACCUUCAUCGUCAACGCCAAAUCUGCUUGGUUCCACGAUGUCACCGUGGAGAACAAGCUGAUCCGCCUUCAGCCCAACGGAGUCAUUCUAUACAGCAGCCGAAUCACGUCAACGGUGGCGUGUGAUAUGGACCUGACCAAGUAUCCCAUGGAUGAACAGGAGUGUAUGCUGGACCUGGAGAGCUAUGGCUACUCCUCAGAGGACAUUGUGUACCACUGGUCAGAGAGUCAGAAACACAUCCACGGCCUGGACAAACUGGAGCUCUCCCAGUUCACCAUCACAGACUAUCGCUUUGUCACUGAGAUGAUGAACUUCAAAUCUGCGGGACGAUUUCCGAGGCUCAGCCUCCGCUUCGAGCUGAGACGUAAUCGAGGCGUCUACAUCAUCCAGUCAUACAUGCCUUCCAUUUUACUGGUCGCCAUGUCCUGGGUGUCCUUCUGGAUCAGCCAAACAGCAGUCCCUGCUCGUGUAUCCUUAGGGAUCACAACCGUGCUCACCAUGACCACGCUGAUGGUAAGCGCCCGCUCCUCCCUGCCUCGGGCGUCAGCCAUCAAGGCGUUAGACGUUUACUUCUGGAUCUGCUACGUGUUUGUGUUCGCGGCACUCAUCGAGUACGCCUUCGCUCACUACAACGCUGACUACAGGCUCAAAGAGAAGGCCAAGGUGAAGGCCAACAAGCUCAGCUCUGAGUCCAUUGUAAAGAACGGCAAACAGGCCAUGGUUCUGUUUUCCCUGUCGGUCACCGGCAUGAACCAGGGCGUGAUGAUUUCCAACCGCCACGGGCAGCCCCAGCGCUCCAGCAGCGAAAUCCCCGGGGAGGGCGGCAGCGAGGAGGCCGAGCCGAGGAGGAGAAGGUCCAGGCAGCCGGAGGAGUGCACGGAGGAGAAGAACUGCUGUUCCAAGUGCGUGUGUAAGCCCAUUGAUGCCGACACCAUCGACAUCUACGCUAGGGCCGUGUUCCCUUUCACUUUCGCCGUGGUGAACGUGAUCUACUGGGUGGCGUACACCAUGUGAAGAGGAGGCAGCAGGUCUGUGCGAAUAGCUGCCAGCCAGGGCUGCAUAUAAGAAACUGCUGGAGUUGUGCCACUUCGAUGCUGGCAGACUGGUGCAGUGGAAAUAUACUGCAGGACUCAGUUAAAAAUAAAUAAAUAAGUAAAUGAAUACUUCAGACGAAAGGAAGUGCUAUGGCCUGUGAAUAUGGAAAUAUGGUAGUAACGGAGGUGGUUAUGAGUUUAAAAAGUGUUAACAGGACUUCAUAUAUUUAAAUAAAAAUACAGAAAAGUGCUGUAUAAACGCAAAGGACUGUGUUGCCUGUUGAGGAGGAUCACAAACAGUGAGCACAGUUUAGCCAACAAUCCACCAGAUCUCCACAUGUCAUGCUGUUAAACGAACUCAACACUGGACACCAAAACCACAUAUUGUGCUCGAACGCCUGCAGCACUGACCACAAGCGCACUUCUUGCGAACACAAAUAAGCAUAGUCGGCUUAACUAACUCAAAAGCAACAAUCUGGAGCGAACCGCCUGUUAUCUCGAAAAGCAAAAAGCGCCGCCCAAACCAGAAGGAUAACAAGAUGAGGUGUCCUACUAUUCUGCAUGGCUGAUAACUCACUCACCCUCCUCCCGCACCAUCGCCACCCUCCCUCUCUUCCUCUCCCGCCUUUGGUCCUCCACCCAUUUUCUUUUCAAUUCAUUUUUCGUUCAGGACACCGUCUGGGGUGUCUUAUCUCCUUCUGCCAGUUCUGCCUUUUUCCUCACCAUUAAAGGACUUCCUCCAUGACAGUACCUGUGUGUGUGUCUCUCUCUCUCUUUGUCCUGCUUCAAAUGGUCACUUGAAUCUAAAAUCCAAAACGGUUGUUGGGUGUGAUUAAAAGAAAAGAAAUGCUGAAAUCCCUUGUGGGAGAUGAAAAAUUUGUCAAUGCAAAAAAAGUUGCCGCCAACAAGAAGGCUCUAAUUUGAGGGAUAAUGAAUAAAUGACUGUAAGUAUGUCAAAUCUUGAGAGAGGUCAAGAUUUGUGCUCUUAUGAGUAAUUUUAGACUCUUGUCUGUCCUUUGUAUGAACUUGGAAAUUGAUUUGGGGAAAGUUAUGGAUGAGAAAGCACUGCAGCUUCACAGUCAAAGAAUGACCUAGUUUUCCUAUUACAUUCAACAUCACAGUAUUGCCUUUAUGAUAAUCGCUGCGCUCUCAGGUGUCUUGUCUUACCGCAUUCAAAUUUUGAUCCAAUUAGAAGAUAUUGUAUAAUACAUCUUAAAAAAAGUUUGAAAGUCUAACGCUACAUCAACCAAAUAUGUGGGUGUUAUGCUAUUUUAAGAAGCUUACCUAUUAUAGAGCUAAAGUUUAGUAUGAGGAGGAACCAUAAAGCAGCCAACAUGUAGAGUUUCUCUGACAGCCAUGAAGAUAAAUGUCAUAGCAAACCGACCGUUAGAUUGUGUUAUUUCCUGUCUACAAGGGAACAUUUUAUUUACCUGAUGGUGUCUCUAGAGGAAAGGUCUCAGGGUCACCUAAAUCAUUAUAGGAUUCAUUCACUUGGGGACCAUUCAUAUUCACCAUAAAUGUCAUGGUUAGUUCUCACUAUAGUUUUUCUUGGACAUCGACAAAGGAAAAUCCUGACCUAACAAUGGGACUGUAGAAAAGGUCAGGGGCUCCACACAAAAAUAUCCCAACAAGAGUCUGAUGGCUGAAAAACAAGAAACUGCAAUACAGAAAUACAAAGAUGUGUCUGGGGACAUUUAGAAACACAUUACACAGUGUGUUCAAUUGUUUUGUUUUUCAACUGUAAAAUGUACCGCUCCUAUUUUGGUCACAACUCGUUAAUACCCACCUUUCUUAAAAUGUUUUUAAAUAAUUUAACUCUCCAAUAUCUGUGCAUUGCAAUAUGGUAAGGUUACGGUUUUGGGCAUAUGAUUGAUAACAUAACAAGUUGAUGAGGCAUGAACUCCAGUAUGCCUUGAACGUGCUACAUGCAGCCUACAUCUACCACCCAAAUAUGCACCCCCUUAUUUUCUGCCACUGCAAAUAAAUUAAUAGAAACCUGGCCAGUAUGUCUCAUUCACCGACAAUGCUCUUAAAAUGGGUUCAGACUGCACCAAAUUUGACAGUAUUUUAGUGGUCUAUGUCUAUUUGCAGCCAAUGUACUAAACGUAUAGAGGUGUUAGCUGGAGCUGUACAUAACAAAUGUGUGUGGAGUGUGUUGUGAUGAUGGGACAGCUCAGAGUCAGACCCUGACUGAUCUUAAAACUUCUCUCUGUAAUUUUUUCUCUCUCCACACCUCCCCCUUUUUUCUCGUCUCCGUAUGUUUGGACACUGGAGCCUGUAAACAUAUUUAUUGUUCCACUUUAGGAGUUUAGUGGAUUGAAGCUCCUGGACAGCAUCGGCCCAUGCAGCGUCCUCAUUCUGACGCAGUAGCCAUAACAACAAACUCCUAUAGUGACUGCUCAGGGGGGCAUCGGCAUCUCCAAUACCUCUUGUUGCUCCAUGUUUUUGUGCCACAUGUGUGCAGUGGCCAGGGAGCGAGGCUGUUAUCAGGGCAAACAGCGCAGAGGCAGUGCAGGCAUGGGUGGGAUCUGGGCAGGGCUGGGUGCUCUCUGAACAGGGAGCGCGACAGGCCGGCUUCUCCCAGGGAGAUAACUUUGUUCUGGGCCAGGAGAGAUGACAUCAUGACGGAUUGCGAUAAAGAUGUGGGCGCAGGGGGCAGGAAACGCUAUCUCCUACAAUGGCACCGAGGGGGACGGAGACACACACAUGCACUGGUGGGACACAACUACUGCUCACUGAUACUCUGCUCAAGUGGACUUGAACAGCAGUCACGCAUAGGAACACGCACGCGCGCGCACACACACACACACACACACACACACAAAUACAAAUGUCUACACAUCCAGUGGGUCUUGGAGGUGUCAUUUAAAAGUCAAAACAGGACAGACACAGACCGAGUCAGAGUGUGUGACUGUUCUGGUAUUGAGAUUUUCUACUGCUGCAGCAUCCGAGAACUUUUGGGAAAUACACCGAAGAAACUGAUCUCAAACAAUUUCCGCGAGGAGUCCAGCGUAUACUGUAGGUCUGUACUGCAUGCAACUGCACCAUACACAUAGCAUGAAUUCUCUUCAAGACAUAUACUAUACCUGUCAAAACAGACGUCAUAAAAAAAUUAUUUGUUAUUCCAACAUAAAGACAAGUCUUUAUAAAUGAAGACAAACUAAAUAUAUAAUAUGUACCUAUUUUAUUUAUUUAUUUAUUUAAUAUAGUAAGUACUGACACCAGCCACAUGCAUUUCUUUUCACUAACCUUUGCUUUUGGCUUGUUAGAAAGUGAGAAAGCUGUGACCCUUUAUGAAGGACUUACUAACGUUUCAUUGCUUCAUUCAUGCUAAAAAACAUGUAU